GCAUUUUGUCUUUAACAUCUCUCCAUCUUUCAGGUUUGUAACUUUUUAUAAUCACUCGUUCCAUGGUACCUUCCUUCUUUUUUCACUCAAUCUCUCCCUUUCUUCCUAACUUCCCUUAGCGUUUUAUAUAUAUCCAUCUCUUUCUGUUACUUUCUUCCUAUCAUUCUUAAUCCUUUAGAUUAGCCGGUUUUUUCUCUAUAGGGUGCUUUGAAGUUAGUGGGUUUUAGAGAAUACGAGAAGCCUGCGGGGUUUUAGCUUUUUAUAGAAUGGAGAACUAUUCUGGUUUUGUUAACGAAGACGAUCAGUUGGAUUUGCCACCUGGCUUCAGAUUCCAUCCCACUGAUGAAGAGCUCAUCGUUCACUACUUGUACAAGAAAGUUCUUGAUGUCAAUUUCUCAGCUAGAGCUAUUGGAGAUGUUGAUUUGAACAAGUCUGAACCUUGGGAAUUGCCUUGGAAAGCAAAGAUGGGAGAGAAAGAGUGGUACUUUUUCUGUAUGAGGGAUAGAAAAUACCCAACCGGGUUGAGGACUAACCGGGCCACCGUUUCUGGUUACUGGAAAGCCACCGGAAAAGAUAGAGAAAUUUACAGAGGAAAAUCACUUGUGGGAAUGAAGAAAACUCUUGUUUUCUACAAGGGAAGAGCCCCAAAAGGAGAAAAAAGCAACUGGGUUAUGCACGAAUAUAGAUUGGAUGGAAAAUUUUCUGUCCAUAAUCUUCCUAAAACUGCAAAGCAGAAUGAAUGGGUGAUUUCGAGGGUGUUUGAAAAGAGUUCAGGUGGGAAGAAGACUCAUAUUUCAGGGCUAGUAAGAUUAGGCUCUUUUGGUAACAAGGAAUCUGGUUUACCUCCAUUAAUGGAUUCUUCUCCUCCUGAUAAUAAUAACAAUGGCGUCAAGUCCACUAAACUUCUCACAGAUUCGGCUUACGUGCCCUGCUUCUCCAACGCCAACUCCAUUGAUGUUCAAAGAACCCAACAAAACUCAAUCGAUUGCUUCAAAAAUCCUCUCAUCCCCGUUUCUUCCUCCAACCAAACCGACGUUUUCCCACGAUUCCCACUUCCCAAUUCAUUCUACUCUCCUUUUCCCAUCCCCUUUUCAUCAAAUUUCCAAAUUCCCAAUUCAGUUCUACUGCAAGACCACUCAAUCCUGAGGACCUUAGUCGAAAACCGAACAUGCCAGAGCUUCAAAACAGAGAGGGAAAUGGUCAGUCUAUCACAAGACACCGGCCUCACCGGCGAUAUGAACCCAGAAAUCUCUUCAGUUAUGUCCAAUCUGGAAAUGGUGAAUCAAGAUCAAGGCCCUGGAGCACUGGAUCUUGAUAGUUUUUGGAAUUAUUGAAAUUGUUGUUAUGAAGAAGAAGAAGAAGAUAAACCACUAUUAUUAUUAUUAUUGGUAUUGUAUUAAAAUGGUGAUAGGUGUGGGUCUGUUGUUGUAUAGAAUUUGUUGAAUCCAAUAUGAAAGAAAACGAAACAUAUAUUAUAAUUAUUAUGUAUUUGUGCAAGAAAUAAAAUGAAAUUGUAAGCUGUGUUUGAUUGGGUGGA